AACCGGAACUCCGUGUGAGCGUCGGAACAUCGCGGAGGAACAUGUUGUGCCGCACUGCCUGCUGGGUAACAUGUGAACGGCAGCGCUGCGUUGAUUGGAGCUCCGCGGCGCGUGGGGAUAGAACGUAAAGAAACAAGGUGAAGACCAACGGACUUUAAUGGAGAAACGAGGAUAAAAGAGAAGAGACGGAAGCCGUCGAAGAUCAGAAAAGGUCUAACAGGAAUCAUGAACGUUUGUGUUAGCUGCUAAUGCUAGUAUCACAAGCUAGCCUGCAUGAUUACUAAGGCAAUGGUAAAGUAGUGUUACAAAUACAGUUACUGCAGUGGCAACACGGAGUUACUACAAUUCUACUAAUACUGUAGUAUUACUAUAGAAGCAGGAGUAGAGCUACUGUUGCUCACAUUAGUACUACCAUCAUCAGGUGUAGUACAUCUAUAACUAAUACCGACUGUACAGUAGGUGUCUAUUAAUGUAUGUGCGCAUACGCGUGCAGACAUGUCUCUCUCUCUGUCUGCAGAGAGAGACAGGAUCCAGCGACAGGUGGAGCAGCUGGAACAGGAUCUGUCUGCCACGCACACUGAGCUGGAGCUGCUGAGCAGUGAUACAGAUGAUGAAUCAGAUGGUGAUGACACAGAGGAGGAGAGACAGUCUGUUUUAGGUCUGUUUGCUGAGAGAGAGAAAAUCCAGAAUGAGAUCCACAACCUGGAGGAAGUCCUGGGACAACACAGCCCUAUCAGCGUCUCGGAUGACGAGGACAGCAGCAGCAGUGAGGAGAGUGAGCUGGGUCUGUCUCCGUCAACGGAUUCGUGUCUUCAGAUGAACCUCGUCUACCAGCAAGUGGUUCAAGAGACGCUAGACCAGUUGGAGACACUUCUGACACACAACCACAGACAACAGAAGGAGCUUUUGUCUCAGUUGUCCGGCCCAGUCAAAGAGUCCCCCAGGGAACAGCCCGUCCACCCGUCCUGCCAGAAGACAGUCAACAUGUACCUUGGCCGCUUCCUCAAACCGUACUUUAAGGACAAACUGACAGGCCUGGGUCCUCCAGCCAAUGAUGAGACAAAGGAGAAGGCCAGCAGGUUGACUGGUUGUCUGGAUGACAAGAAAUUGAAAGUGAAACGAUGGGAGAGCUGGCAGAAGACUCUGUUGAUCCACUCGGUUACCAGAGACAGUCUGAGGAGAAUCAUCCAACCUAAACUCUCCAAGGUGGACUUCCUGAGCCAGAAGCUGUCCAGAGCAGCAGAGACGGACAAGGAGCCGCUGAGACAGCAGCUGGACGUUCUGGAGAGAGAAAUCGAACUGCUCAGAGCGAAGACGGAGGACCAGCUGGUUGGGGAUCGAUUCGAUGAACACGAUUGGCAGAAAAUCUCCAAUGUUGAUUUUGAAGGAACGAGGGACGCGGAGGACAUCCGUUGUUUCUGGCAGAACUUUCUCCACCCGUCCAUCAGUAAGACGAAGUGGAGUAAGGAGGAGGUGCAGCAGCUGAAGGAGAUCAGCAGGAGACAUGGAGAGAGAGACUGGGAGACCAUUGCUACCGAGCUGGGGACGGGGAGGACAGCCUUCCUGUGUCUCCAGACCUUCCAGCGGUUUGUCUCGGACUCGUUGAAGAACGGCACGUGGACUCCAGAUGAAGACGCUCUGCUGAGAGAGCUGGUGGACAAGAUGAGGAUCGGCAACUUCAUCCCCUACACGCAGAUGAGUUACUUCAUGGAGGGGCGGGACCCGGCUCAGCUCAUCUACAGGUGGAACCAGGUUUUGGACCCGAGUCUGAAGAAGGGCUUUUGGACCAAAGAGGAGGACCAGCUGCUCCUUAAUGCCGUGUCUCGUUUUGGAGAGAGGGACUGGUGGAAGAUCCGCUUUGAGGUUCCUGGACGCACUGACUCCGGCUGCAGGGACAGGUACUACGACUGUCUGAAGGCGGAGACCAAGAGAGGACCGUUUGACCAGCAGGAAAAAGAUCUGCUGGUGCUGCUGCUGGAGAAGCACGGAGUCGGCCGUUGGGCGAAGAUUGCUGCAGAGAUUCCUCAUCGUAACGACGCUCAGUGUCUGAGAGAGUGGAAGAAGCUGAGCAGGCCAACAGAACGUGGUCCUAAGGCCGUCAAAAGGAAGGAGAAGAAGAAGCAGACGUGUCUGUCCACGAGGCAGAUGAAGGAGGAGGAGAGCACUGAGGACGAGGAGGUGAAGAUGGAGUACAUGGACAGCGAUGCAGACGAGAAGGUGAGGGAGGAGGUGAAGCAGAGUGCUCAGCAGGGGGAGCAAGUGGAGAAGGACUACACCUUCCCCCCCUUGCAGGAGUGGAUUCCAGCAGAAAAAGCCCAAAGCUCCACCUCCCUGAGCUUUCGAUUGGUGCAGCUCCCUUCCUCCCCCCAAGACUCGGUCCAGUUCACAGACCAGCACCCAGUCCGGUCCACCAUCCUGGGCCGAUCCGGCCGGUCCGUGAUCCUGGGACCGGGUCCCAGGCAGCUCCAGUGGACGGAGCGCCACGCCACCAGUGCCAUGAUGAUGGUGUCACCUGACCAGCUGCGGGCUUACCUGCACCGCCAGGUGGAGAAGUUGGAGAGGCGGAGCUCGCCGAGGAAGAUUCAACACAGCAGGCAGAACCUGCUGGGAAGGAUCCUGGACCCGGCUCUGUUCCUCCAGCUCCAGGCCGCCGUCACGCCGUGGAUCGGUAACGUGCUGAGCCCUCACAAGAGCCGGGUCAUGACGGCCGACGCCCUGAGGGGGAGGGAGGAGGACCUCCUCUCCACGCCGGUCUUCAUGUUCCUCCUCCAGGCCAUGAACGUGGAUGCCGUCGGCUGCAAAGAGAUGAUUGAGCAGAGGAGGAACCGGGUGGUGGUCACGCCUCCUGCUCCGGGCCACGCCUCCAACAAUCCCGUCACUGACAGGCUUCUGAAGAGGAAGACCAUGAAGGAGGAGCAGCAGACCAAACUGAUCCUGAAGGAGCUCCAGAGGAAACCUCCCCCUCCUCCUCAGAGCUGUCCCGUCCUCCUUCAGAUGCCUCCUAGGAUGUGUCCUGUCUCCUUCCCUCAGGCUGUCUUUAUUCCGCAUUCUCUCGCACAACCUGGCUCCUCCUCCUUCCAGUUCAUGACUACUUCCUCCCCAUCUCCACAAAGACCACCCCCAGUGGGGGUCCUCACCCGCCUGGUCCCUCCUGCUCCUCUUCAUGUUCUUCCUGCCUCGGGGGGGCCAGUAUCUUUGAUUCAAAACCGGAAGGCUGCACACCAGGAGAGAGCUCAGGACCAGACCCCCGUCCCUGCCUCCGCCCGGCUGGUACCUCAGACUCCUCCCUCCUGCAUGACCACGCCCCCAACAGCUCCUCUGGAACCUCCUCCUGCUCAGCUGGUUUCCUCCCCUUCCAGACCUCCUGUGUCACUGAAGGUCCCAUUGCCCCCAAAUGCAACAGCUACCUGCUCACCUCAGAGCCCGAGCCCGGUCCCACCCCCCCCCCUACCGACCUAUCAGCUCCUCGCCCCCUCCCACCCGGGUCCACCUGCUGUCCUCGAGGAUCAUUGCUACGUACAAGGCAGUCAUCUGGUGAACAUCCAAUCUCCCCGUGACUCCGCCUCCAACAAGCGCCCUGAGGCCCCGCCCAGAAGGAGGAUGCAGGGUAAGGGGGAGGAGCCGGCACGUGGGACUCAGAAAGGAAAGAGGGUUCGGAACCCGACUCCGAGGGCCAGAGCUCUACAGGAAGCUGCUCAGGAGAAGGUCGAAGCCAAGAGGUCAUCUUCUUUUCCUCGUAAUAAGCGCUGUCGUAUCACCGCCCCUGAGGAGGUCUUUGUUCAGCCUGCUGGGUUCUGUUUGAGACCCGGUCAAUCCAUGUGGGUCACGACCCCCCACGGGCUCGUCCAGCUGGCACAAGCUCCGCCCCAGGGCCUGCAGCUGACGUUGGUACCGAGCGCCCCCCUCCCUGCUCCACCUGGUCAGCUGAUCGGACACGCCCUGUUCCACCCCGCUGGGUCUGUCCUCAAUCAGCUCCGCCCUCUUACAGCCUUUCCCCUCCCGCAACCCGUCUCACACCCCGGCGCCUCCCCCUGGCCCUCCCCCCACCCACCAACUCCCCCAAAAGUCCUCAUUUCAAAUAAGUGCACGGUUGGGGUCAAGCCAGCGGCGCUGCAGUUUGACCCAUCCCUCAUCUUCCUGGAGACCCGAGAGGCAGUGCGUGAUUGGCUGAGCGGCCCGGGGGGCGUUCCUGUCGGGGGCGGGGCUGGCCUCCUUCCCUACCUGCCUCCCUGCGUCAGCAGCUUGAACACCUUGAGCGCGCUGCUCAGGGCAAAGAGAGCCCUGACCUCCUCAUCGCUGCAGCUCCUGAGGGUGGAGGAGGAGGAGGAGGAGCUACCGGACUCCACCUCUGACCUCACAUCUGCACAGGACCCGUCAGCUCCUCCUCCUCCUCCUCCUCCUCCUCCUCCUUCCCGCCCCGUCAGCCCCGACCUCCUGAAGGACGAGAAGGCGGAGCUGGUGGCGAUGCGUCAACUGGUGGCAGAGCGUUUCUCAGGUAACCCCGCCUACCAGCUGCUGAAGGCCCGCUUCCUGUCUUGCUUCACUGUCCCCGCCCUCCUGGCUACGAUACAGCCAACCAGAGCGAAGCCCGGCACAGCCAAUGAGGAGCAAGAGGAGGACGAGAAGGAGGAGGAGGAGAUGAAGAAGAUCAGAGAGCGAUGCAGACAGAGGAGAGCUGAGAGGUCUCUGCUGCUCUGUGACGGGUCGGGAGCUCCAGCCAAUCACUUCUCAGGAAUCCAAGGCUCCGCCCCCGCUCCGUCGCUGUCCCAGUGAGCUCAGAUACUCCAGAUACCUCAGAGACUCAAAUAUGUUUGAAGAUGUUUUUGUAUUCAGCUUCUGUAAUUAUCAGCUGAUUGAUUUGUAAUAAAGAGAAAGUUCAUUUCUAAUGAA